AUGGGGAGUCUUAGGCUCAUAUCUCUGAAUGCCCAGAAGCAGAAGGCGGAGGCCGCUGCGCAGAACGCUCGGGCAGCAGGCUUCACGAUGCCAUCACCAGAGGAAGGGAAGCUCAAGCAGCCAAGACAAGCCGAGAUGAGCCAGGCUCCCGGACUGCCUUUGCAAAGGCAGCAGGCAGAGGCAGAGCUCAACUUAAUGUUGACUGUUGACAUUGUGAGCUUCCAAUACCUUUUGACAAUGCACAUCAACAGGUUGAUGGAGUUGUCGCCGAAGGUAGCGCCUGUGGCGGCUGUGCAAGGCAAGCAGGCCCGACACAGUGUGCAACUCUCGGGGCAAACUGUUCUGCGGACGCUUCCUGGCACCAACCGUUGUGGUGCCAGUGCAAUUGGUGUGGCUGUGCUGGUGCGGGACUUUGCGGCCUCCCAAGGCGAUGAUUUCGAUGUGGUUGUGGUGGGUGCGGGCGUCUCCGGCCUCACGGCGGCCCACCGGACAUCGGCCCUGUCGUCACAACCACGGAACAUGGGCCCGUUUGACCCUGAAGAGACAGCGGACAUGGAGCUGGCGCCCAGGGGUUGGGCAAGGCAAAUACGGCCCGUUGACCAUCGGACCACCGAUGUGAAGCGCCUCCGCCCCGACGAGGCGGAACUUGCAGAGGCAAAGCGAGCCCUACGCGGCGUGAGACCUGGCGAUUGGAACUCCGAAGCGUUUGCACAUUACAAGAAGAAACUUACGAAGGAGGGACGAUGGCUUGCGCUGCCUGGUCUUGUGGAUAUGGUUCGUCGGACAUCGGACGAAGCAUUGAAGGCAGGAGGCUAUUGCCUUCCAAAGAACAAGACUGCGCAGGUGAGGCUGCCACAGAAGCCCAGUGUGCAGUGGGUGAGCAUGGAGAGCUGCACAGAGCCAGAUCCAUGCCAAGGAGUUGUACCUCCACCGUUGGUAGUCUCUCACAAGACGCCGCUGGAGGCUGCAGGCGUUUUGGGCAAGCACUUUGAGGGCCAUCCAUUGAUCGUCACCUUCGAGGCCACGGAGUUUGACACCGGAGCGGAAUCGGAAAUGAAGAAGGGACAAAUCUUGGAGGGCGAGGCGAGGGGGCUCGCACAACAUGAGAUGUUCAAUUGCACAAACUUGGUCUUUUCCAGCCGUGCGGCUACCUUGCUUUGCGCGAAGGCGCGCCAGUCGCCACAAGAGCGGCUAAAUGCAUGGCACGACCCCGGGGUCAUUGUGGCCGACAAUGUGGUGCUCUUUCGGGGGCCAGCUGAAGAUGGCUACCCUUUUCUAUCACAGGAGGAGCAGUUGAAUCUUCGGGUUCUUGUCGCAGGGCGGGCAUUGAAGCGUUUGGGCCCAAGAUGA